GAAGUGGUCAGCUACAUGCGCUUCGCUCGUUUCAAGCGUGGCAUGUGUCUCAAAACAGUGGAUUCUUGUUUUCAGGACCUCAAGGACAGCAGACUUGUUGAAGAGACCUUCACAGUUGACGAGGUGAUAGACAUGCUGGAUGGACUGCAGAGUGUUGUACACAGUGAAGUGGAGUCAGAGCUCAUAAACACAACUUACACCAACGUUUUACUUCUCCGGCAGCUCUUUUCACAGGCUGAGAAAUGGUACCUGAAGUUACAGACAGACAUCUCUGACUUGGAGAAUCGAGAAUUAUUGAACCAGGUUGCUGAGUUUGAAAAGUCAGAAUAUACAUCUUCAAACAAAAAGUCCACUGCAGAUCCCAUUAAACCAAAACUUGCUCCAUUAAAUGAAGGUGGGUCAGAGCUGCUAAACAAGACAGUUGCUCAUCUCCAAGAAGAAAAUGAAAAAUUGAAGACCAGACUCAAGACCAUAGAAACACAGGCUACAGCUGCCCUAGAUGAGAAGUCCAAGCUGGAGAAGUCAUUGAGGGAUUUACAGAUGAUCCAAGGAGAUCAGAAGGAUUUUCCAAAGUUUCAGGAUAUCACUGAACUGGAGAAUAAAGUGGCAGCUUUGAAAUCCCAGUUUGAGAAGACUUUAAAUGACACUACCGCAAAUCAAAAAUUCUUAGAAGAAGACUUGGUGACAACAAAACAUGACUUACUGAAGGUUCAGGAUCAGCUAUCCACAGCUGAAAAGGAACUGGAGAAGAAGUUUCAGCAAACAGCUGCCUAUCGCAACAUGAAAGAGAUUCUCACCAAGAAGAAUGAACAGAUAAAGGAUUUGCGUAGAAGACUUUCCAAAUAUGAGUCAGAGGACUGAAAUCGCAAAAAGCAUCUGAUCUAUCAGAAGUUGUCAUGGAAAGAAAAUGUAGACUGGUAUUAUUUUUCAAUAAUGUUCAUUUUGAAUGGUGUAUUCUUUGCUUCUAGUGUUUAAAAUAACUUUAUUAUUAUUAUUAUUAAUAUUAAUUUCACACUAAAACUCUUACCUUACUUCCUUGUAAACCAACAAUUUAUAGGUAUUAGUUUCUGCAGUCAUGUUUUUAAUGGUUAACCAUUGACAUUCCUUGAGAAACAGUAAACAGGACCUUGCUGAAGAACUGAGAAUAUUCCCUACAAAAAAAGGAGUUUAUUUUUGUUUAAAAAUGGGGGAAAAAAAAGGCCAAAAAUAUAUGCAUUCAAGUUUUUUGAUGUCUUCAAGGUGGAAA